UAUUAGAGAUGGGAGGUUGGCUGAGUCAUUUUUGGUGGGGUGGUGAUCCAGACAACGUGAACCAAAUAUCAGGGUUAACUAUGAGAGAUGUGUACGCGGUACAGAAAUCUUGGACAUUGGCAACCGCCAAUCCUAUUGCUACUGGAAUCGAAUUGUUUACGAGAUUAUUCCGUGCGAAUCCAGAGACAAAGGAAUUCUUCAAAAUGAUACGAAAUGUACCUGAAGAUCAAUUCAAUCAAAAUCAUCAGUUUAAAGCGCACGUCAUUAAUCUCAUGUCGUCGGUUAGCUCAGCAGUGGACAACCUCAAACAGCCAGAAGUUGUCGCUGUCAUGAUGAACAAGCUAGGAGAGUCGCAUGGAAGACGCAAAAUAAAAGAAAAACACUUCAAUGAUUUAAAGAACGUUAUAGUUGAAAUGUUCAUCGAAGUUUUAGAUCUAGACGACAAAACGUUAGUUGCUUGGGGAAAAACUAUCGACUUCUUGUAUAAACACAUAUUUGAAACAUUACAAGUAGAUGAGACAAGAUAAAGUAUCUUCGAACGAAUAAAAGACAAGAU